AUGGGCGGCUCAAAAGGGGUUAACAAGCCGACAUUGCCAUCUUUUAUUACAGCAGGUUAUCUGCGCUGCCCUGUCCGUUCGUACGUUCCAAAUCCGCUGCGUUGUUUCAAAUGCCGGUUUGGACAUUCACAGACAUCCUGCCGUGGCAAGAGCGUAUGUGCACAGUGUGGGACUGAAGGUCACGAGAGUACCGAGUGUACCAGUACCCCAUGCUGUGUUAACUGCAAAGAUGUCCAUCCUUCUUACUCCCAAAAAUGCCCUGCAUGGCAAAGAGAAAAGGAGAUACAACGGGUGAAAACACUGAACAACAUACCCUAUCCAGAGGCUCGUCGUAUGGUCACUUCAACUGCACCUUUGAGACAGAAAACAUUUGCUGCUGUUUUGAAAUCCACAAAGACAUGUAGGGUUCAAACAGAUAUAUCUGUCUCUCCUAGUGAAUCUCUUACCCGCCAUGUGAAAUGUUUAAUUCUCCCAACUAUCCAAACAUCAGAAAAGGAGACCAAGAAAGCCAAAACACCCCUACCAAAAACAGUGGUAAUGACAAGAAACAUGGGUUCUAAGAAGGCUGCUAAGAACCCGCUCAACAAACAAAAAUUAAAAGCAGCCAUCUCCAAAUCUAAGAGAUCAGAGGCUCAGUCUAUGAGUGAGUUCUCUGACUUGUCUGACGAGGAGACUAAUAAGGAGGUGACACCACCAACUUCACCUCCAAAAGGCAAAUCAGCCGUAAAACUAAAGAGGGAUACCUUCACAAAGAAUGCUGCCUCAAACACAUAA